AUGCUAAAUUUACUGCAGAGUUUCCUCUCAGAACGCACUUUCCAGGUAUCCAUAGGAGGACAUACGUCUCAAGAGUACCUCUUGGAGAACGGAGUACCUCAGGGUUCCGUUCUGUCCGUGACGCUGUUUCUCAUCGCGAUGCAGCCAAUUUUCCGCGUGCUGCCCGCUGGAGUUGAAAUCCUUUUGUACGCUGAUGACAUCCUCCUCGUGGUGCGUAGAGCAAAAGAGGAAGGUUUACACCGCAGAUUGCAAACCGCCGUCAAAGCUGUGAACAAGUGGGCGAAGAGCGUGGGAUUCUCUAUAUCUGCAACCAAAUCGCAGACGUUUUACUGCAGCCCCAACGCGCGCAGAGAGCCGGCCAAAGAGAUCACCAUCGAACAAAUUCCUGUUCCGAAAACCAACCUCCUAAGGAUCCUGGGUGUCACUCUGGACCGAACGCUCACGUUUAAACCGCACUGUAAAGCGGUGAAAAAAUCGUGCGACUCACGACUGCGAAUCCUCCAGAUAAUUGGAGCGAAACUUCCACGUGGUAACCGAGCGACCCUACUGCAGGUGGGUUCGGCGCUAGUAACUGCGAAAUUGAUGUAUGGAAUUGGACUAGUGAGCCGAGGAGGGCCGGAGACCCUGCAGACCCUCGCCCCAGCGUACAAUAAAAUGGUACGCUAUGCUUCCGGAGCAUUUGUGACCAGCCCGAUUAAUUCCAUCAUGGCCGAAGCUGGCACUCUUCCGUUUGGAUUACUUGUUACACAGUCGGUAGCGCGGACGGCCAUUCGAAUUAUGACUAAAUGUUCCAACAACAGCACCCUUCCGUUGAUCCGUCGGGCAUCAGACCGUCUUGGCGAAAUUACGGGUACAACACUCCCCGCUAUCGACCAGCUUGCAAGGCAGAGUGAUCGUGUCUGGCACGCACGAAGACCAUCAAUAGUGUGGGAUGUAAAGAACUGCGUUCGAGCCGGCGCCCCGCCAAAUAGAGCUAUACCAGUCGUCCAAGAAUUGCUCUCGACAAGAUUCCGUAGUUCGACGGUGAUCUACACCGAUGGCUCAAAAUCUGAUGAUACGGUUGGAGCCGCGUUUCACACGACCGGCCUCGCAGGAUCGUUCAGUCUUCCGCAAGCGUGCAGUGUCUUCUCUGCGGAGGCGUAUGCAAUAAAGAAAGCAGUUUUGACCCCGAAUACCGAUGGUGAGAUAAUAAUUCUAACGGAUUCGGCUAGUUGCCUGUUGGCAUUAGAGUCCGGGACAUCAAAACACCCGUGGAUACAGGAGAUCGAAAAUUUGGUGCACAAUAAACUCAUCCGAUUUUGCUGGAUCCCUGGACACGCCGGCAUUAGUGGAAAUACCGAGGCCGACCGACUAGCAAACGAGGCUAGGAGACAACCUGCAAUCGAUAUGCCCAUUCCGGGCGAAGACGCUUUGAGAGCGAUGAAACAGGCAAUACGAUGGCGAUGGAACCGCCAGUGGCACGAUUCUCGCGACGAGAAACUGAGAGAGAUCAAGAACGAUACGCUCAGAUGGAUGGAUCAGAGCAGUCCAGCGGACCAGCGUGCACUGACCCGACUAAGAAUAGGCCACACGAGACUGACCCAUACAUUCCUACUGAAGAAGGAUCCUCCGCCAACUUGCGAGUGCUGUGGAACCAUCGUCGACGUGCGACACAUUAUCCUCCAUUGCCAGAAGUAUAAGCAGCAACGACAGGACAACGACAUCAACACAACUAGUCUCAGAGCUGCCCUGGGUAAUGCCGACGAAGCGACGAAAAGACUGUUGCUGUUCCUGCAGCAAACCAACCUAUCCAAACAGCUUUAG